AUGAGUGAAGAAGCAACAAAGAAACGUAAGAUUCGGGGUGGACAUAGAAGCUCAACUAAGCGGACAAUAAAUGCUUCAUCAACAAUUCUUGACGAUUUUGAUCCUUCAAAUAAACAACUUACCGAGAAGUUAUUACAACAAAAGAUUACAUUAAAGGAAAAUCUAGACAUUCUGCAAAAUUUAGACAAUGAUAUACUAGCUAUUACUGAGGAGAAAGAUAUUGAAAAGGAGAUUGAAGAAAGUGAUCUUUUAAGAGAGAGAAUACAUCCUACAAUUGUCAGAAUUGAUUCUAUAGUGAGCCCUAUGAGCCUACCUCCAUCACCAAGUCCAGAAGGAACUAAAGAAGAAGGGAAUAAUCAUAAUUCUAGUACUAUAAGUCAUUCGUCGGCGAAGAUAAAGCUACCAAAAUUGAGUUUAAAGAAGUUUAAGGGAGAUAUUAAGGAGUGGAUUCCAUUUUGGGACAGUUAUACUUCAGCUAUUCAUGACAAUCCUGACCUAAGUGAUAUUGAUAAAUUUAACUAUUUGAACUCCCUACUUGAAUCAAAGGCAGCAGAAGCAAUUGCUGGGUUAAAGAUUACAUCAGCAAACUAUCAGGAAGCAGUUGACGUGUUAAACCAGAGAUUUGGCGACAAGCAACAGAUUAUUAAUUCGCAUAUGGACAGCCUUCUUCGACUACCUGCAGUAACAAGCCUUCAUGAUGUUCAAAGUAUUAGACAGCUUUACAAUAAGGUUGAAUCGCAUAUCAGAGGUCUCAAGUCUUUGGGAGUAGAGACUGCAAGAUAUGGUAAUCUAAUGAUCUCAAUAUUGAUGCAAAGGCUGCCACCGGGUUUACGUAUUAUUGUAACAAAGAAGAUGCAAGAAGAUGAAUGGUCUUUGGAUAAACUUAUGACAAUAUUUCGACAGGAAUUAGAGGCUAGAGAAAGAGCAAAUCUGCAGUGUUUACCUUCAUCAAAGUCCAGUUAUCAACGAAAUAAACCGGGAACAGCUGCUGCUCUUUUCACGGGACUGCAUAACACUACCUGUUCUUAUUGUCAAGGAAAGCACUUAUCUGCAAACUGCAAGACAGUGACCAAUGUGGCUGCAAGGAGAGAUAUUCUGAAACGAAGUGGAUGGUGUUUUGUAUGUUUAAGAAAAAAAAAAAUUAGUCGGGAAUGCCAAUCGAACAUCAAAUGUUUUAAAUGUGGUAGACGACAUCAUGGAAGUAUGUACAUGGGCGGCCAACCCCGACAACAACAUCAGCAAGCUACUACAAGUCAAACCAUGUAUGUUGGCACAAGAACAUCCAUCUUGUUACAGACAGCGAAGGUCAACAUAUACAAUCCCGGAAUGCAGGAAAACAGAGUAAAUGCUCGACUUAUACUGGAUAGUGGGAGCCAACGCUCUUUCGUGACAACCAGAGUGAAGAAUCAAUUAAACCUUGAUGCAGAAGGGACAGAAAACCUCAUGAUUAAGACAUUUGGAGGCGAAGCAGAGGAACUACAAACAUGUGAAUUUCUGCACUUCAACAUUGAAAUAGAAUCUACUUAUCCCGAUCUUUCACUUACAGUAUUUGUAGUACCUACAAUUUAUCAACCCCUAAGACACCAAACAACCCAAGCGGCACAGGAAAUUUACCAUCAUCUCGAAGGACUUAAUCUUGCAGAUCUUAAUACUGGAGAAGAAGAGUUAGAAGUUGAUAUUUUGGUGGGAUCUGAUCAAUAUUGGAAUUUAAUAACUGGAGCAGUUAGACGGGGAGAUUCUGGACCCAACGCAAUGGGAACAAAGGUCGGCUGGGUUCUAUAUGGUCCUGUAACAGAUCCUGUGAGUGAAAAAAACCAGUGUUAA